AUGGAAAACCAGCCGACGAUCAUGAUCACCAACGAUGACGGUAUUGACGCACCAGGACUGCGAGCGCUGAUUGAGGUCUUGGUCUCUACCCGGCGCUUCCAGAUCCUUGUUUGCGCUCCGGACUCGGAGAAAUCAGCUGUGAGCCAUAGUAUUACAUGGCGUCAUCCAGUUGCUGUUCGACGAGUGGAUAUUGAGGGAACAACUGCCUAUGCAAUUGCUGGAACUCCAGCAGAUUGUAGUUCUUUAGGAAUCUCCAAAGCACUCUUUCCUUCAAUACCUGAUCUGGUAAUUAGCGGCAUAAACAUGGGGAGCAACUGUGGUUAUCACAUUGUUUACUCAGGAACAGUUGCUGGCGCUCGAGAGGCAUUCUUUAAUGAUAUACCUGCCAUCUCCAUAUCAUAUGAUUGGUUUGGAGGUCAGAGCAAUGUUGAGAACUUCACACUUGCUGCUGAGGCUUGCAUACCAUUAAUAACUGCAAUAUUAAUUGAGAUUAAGAAUAAAACUUACCCUAUAAAGUGUUUUUUGAAUAUCGAUCUUCCAACGGAUGUUGCUAAUAAUAAGGGGUAUAAGCUGACCAAGCAGGGUAAAAGCCUAUAUAAAAUGGGGUGGAGCCAAGUUACUUCUGGCAUGCAAGGAGGAAAAAUGUUAUCAACAAUGACAAUGGAUACAGAUUCAACAGCACCAGUAGAGACUGAUACAUUAAAUAUAUCACAAGACCAUCUUUUGUUCAAGAGAGAAGUAUUGGGAGGGCAACUUGAUGAAGGUGACUUUGAUGAUGUGGACUUCAAAUUUCUUCGGCAAGGAUAUAUUACUGUAACUCCCCUUGGUGGCCUCUCCCAUGCAGAAAUAGGUUGCCACUCAUAUUUUAAAGCUUGGCUGCCAAGUGUUGAGGAAUGCCCAUCUUCAUCAUCCUUAUAA